GAUCCUCCACCCCCGAGCGGCGCGUCCGCGAAGAACAACCCCCGGCCGACGACUCUGUUGUCGACCCAACAACAGUCCGAGACCACCCGACACGGCAAACAUGGCGUUGGAUUUCGCAGCCACGUACAAGGUCCUGGUGCUGGGCGACUCGAACGUCGGCAAGACCUGCAUCGUGCAUCGUUACUGCGACGAACGGUACUACGACACCUACAUCUCGACGAUAGGUAUCGAUUUCAAACAGAAGAUCAUUAACUUAGACGGCACGCCGAUAAAGUUGCAAAUUUGGGAUACCGCCGGCCAAGAAAGAUUUCGAACGUUGACAACGGCGUACUAUCGCGGUGCCAUGGGUAUCCUUUUGAUGUACGAUGUCACUAGCUUGGAGAGUUUUAACCAUCUGUCUUACUGGCUACGAAAUAUCCAAGAAAAUGCGUCACCGGACGUAGUAAAAGUUUUGGCAGCGAACAAAUGCGACGCGACCGCACACCGCGCCGUGGACGCCGAGAGAGGUCAGAAGAUCGCGGAGAACUUCGAUAUGCCCUUCUUCGAGGUAUCGUGCAAGGAGAACAUAAAUAUCGAAGAAGCUUUCCUCACUCUAGCCAGAAGGAUACGGGAACAACGGGGCCGGCGGGCCAGCCUGUUCGAGGCCUCCGAGAGAGAAGGCGCGGACAGCGUGAUCAAGGCGCAGUCCCCGUCUCAGCAGGGUGACGCCUGGAGGAUGGAGGCGAUAGUGGAGUAUAACUACGUGGCACAGGAGGACGACGAGUUGACUCUGAAGAAAGGUGACAUCAUCACCGAGAUCAAGAUGAUGCUCGGGGGAUGGUGGGAGGGCACCUUGCGCGACAAGCGCGGCAUGUUUCCUGAUAACUUUGUUAAGGUGUUAGAGUCAUCUGCGACCAGUGGUGGUAGCAGCGGUAGCAACAGUGAGACUGUGAACAACGUCAAACCCGAUGAAGUUACUUUGAGAAACGGAUCUGGCAGACGUUUGUGCAAAGUCCUCUACAGUUAUGAACCUUGCAACGAGGACGAGUUAACCCUAGUGCCGCAAGACUCCAUCGAGUUUAUGGGAGAAGUGGAAGAGGGAUGGUGGAGGGGUCGUCUCAGGGGCAGAGUCGGUGUGUUCCCCUCGAACUUUGUGUCCCCACCUGUUCUUGAGGAACAGGACAAACACAAGGAUCGAGAUAAGAAGGAGUUGUACAGAGUACUCUUUCCUUAUGAGGCUGCUAACGAGGACGAACUCACCUUGGUUGAGGGAGAGAUCGUCACACUUUUGUCCAAGGAUGCACCAGACAAGGGUUGGUGGAAGGGAGAAUUGAGGGGACAAGUGGGCUUGUUUCCUGAUAACUUCGUGGAGAUAAUCGGCGUGAAGAAUGAACAGCAGGAACAGGAACAGUGGCAUGAAUCAGCAUCGGUCAGUAUAAAGUCGAGUAUCAGGCAUUCCCAUCAAUUGAAGAAAAGCGAGAAGGCGCACGUGAGGAUAAGUCUGGAUCCCAAGAAUAUGCAUCCGAGUAAUAUAUCAGAUCACUUCCCCGUCAUAGACGGCACUAAAAAGGCCUUAUCGACGUCAUUGUCAUCCGUGUCGUCGUUGACGAGCACCGGAAGCGGAGGCGGCGAUAAGAAAGCGACUGGUGGCCACUCGAUCAUAUCGAGCCUGAAACGUCUCGUGAGCGACGUGGGGAAUAAUAACGGUAUCGGCAACACGAGUGCCGCUUUGGGCGAGGAGCUGGAUGGCGUGGAGCGAGGGGAAGGCGCGCCGCUAUUGCACUUGACAGCUUCUCGCGCUAAAGCGCCCCGCCGACGCCUGCCUUCUUCGCAAUAUCUGCGCUAUUACACCGCUGGGUCCGGUGUGAGCGCACCCCCGAUGCUGCCUGUUCUCAGCACUACAUUCCCAGCACUUCCGGAGGAUGACCUAUUCAAUGGGCGCGCCGACACGGAACAAAUACCGGACGAAGAGACGGACGGGCUCGCGGCGAAAGCGAGGAGAAAAGCACCAUGGGUCGAGGAACUGAAGAUGAAUCAAAUGGAAAGGAAGAAGAUAGCGGUCGAACGAACGGACAAGGCGGAAGUGAAGAAGGAACGAACUUUCUCACGAUUGAUCACGCCAACGAACGCCGCGGAUUCCGUCGACAAAGCGGAUGCCGAUAACGACGAUAGCAAACAGAAAGAGACCAAAAGUCCGAGAGCCGACGCGAGCCCCCACGCUGACCACAGUCCGGCUACGCCAUCCGGACAGCCGGCCUACGUUCCAUAUGCCCUCUACAGCAAACUGUUGGAAAGGGUCGCCGCGUUAGAAGAGAAGCAAGCAGUAUUGCAACUGACGGUAGGACAGCUCUCCGAACAGCUCGUACCUCUCCUCGCGAAUGCAUCGAUUAACAACAAAGUAUAAUACGUAUAUCGGCGUAAAAGAGAGAGCGAGAGAGAGAGAGAGAGAGAAUGAGAGAGUGAAAGAGAAAGAGAGGGAAAUCGAUAGUAUAUUUAUCUGCCCAUAUUACCAGUGUGUUGUUUUCUCAUUGCGCCAUUAAUGGGAAAGAAACUAAUGCUGCUGCUAGCAUGUAAUGUUUAUUACUAUAUUAAUGUUGUUAUGUAUUUAUUCAGUUUUCUGGUAGCAUCCGUUUAUUGUUUGCUCCAUCAGUGCAGUAUUCGUGUGGACCGGUUAAAAACGCAACAUUCCAUACGACAGUCUUCGCCUGUAGAAGUAUUAUAAUAUCCCCGUCAUCUGGUUGCCGAUAAUUUUAACAGAUCUCACUCCGACUGCCGUUGUGCCCCCCUCCCCUUCCCCCGUCUUGAUAAUCCCGGCUAUUUUACGACUGUUUGUCCGUAGCGUUCGCGGCCGCAAAUGCGGCGAUUUUAACUGUGUAUAACUAUUCCAUUCCCUUCAAUUUCGAACUCACACGACACAUAUCAGAAACUUGCGACACAAAUCCUCAAAUGUAUAUUUGCACAUAUUCUAAAUCGUUGCGACGAAACCAUCCCCCACAUGAUAUCAGUAGCACGACAAAACUUGCGACGCGAAGUUCGAAAAAUGAAAAAAAAAAGUAAGAAAGAGAGAAAAUAGCGCAAGUGUCCUUCCAGGUGGGUGGCCGUGCUCAGUUUUAUUAAUUUACGUUUAAUUUGUUGUUUUCUUCUUUUUAUACAUUACUCGAGCGGCGUAUCUUCUAAGGGAAUUUACGCCGGAUCGCGUGAUUAUUUUAAUUUUAACUUUGUCAAGCGAGAAUACAUCAUAGAGGGAGAAAACGAGUACUUAAAUCCCGUAGUUCUCGAUAGGGCGCAAGAACACAUAAUUGUGAUCCUCUCAUCAUUUUUGUCCAACGAAUACAGCUGCCUCGCGAUCAUUGUGUGAUGAUUUGCCGUAAGUUUCUUGAGUGAUCCGUGUGCCAACGCAAAGCAUUUGUCCGGGAUGCCUCGUUUUCGUUCGCCGCGUUUUACCGGGACGCCUCAUUCGACGAUAGGGAAUAAAUGAUCCCCCAUCGAUCGCCGGCGAGUGAUAUAUCACCGAACUGUGACUAAUAAGUGACUAGUAAUGACCCGUACAAGCCUAAGUCGACGCGUACGUCGAGCCAUUAUUUUCCACCCGCUUAUCGAAGCAUAUUCCAUUUCGGGUAUGUCUUUGAAACGGUGCUAAUAACGCGAUAUGUGAUAUAUCGUAGUGUGUCGCAUGGUUAUAAUGUACACGUAUAGGAAUGAGGCAGCGAGAGAUUCGUAAGGAAAAGGCUUCUGUUGCCUUGAAUGAAAGUGUAUCGUGAGAGAACGAUAAAUUUAGGCGCACUGCAGUUCACUUAAAGACGAGAAACGAGAGAGAAAACGACAGCAUUAGCCGGUCUAUUCGAUGUGAAUGAUUCGCGAAUCGUGUUGAAUAUGAAGAAGAGAGAGAGAAAGAGAGAGAGAGAGAGAGAUGAUGUUUUUAUUUUUUUAUGACGAGACGGAAUUUUAAGUGGAUGUGGUAAAAGUAACGGAGAUUUAUAGAUUAUAUGAAAGAGGAAUACGAGAGAAACGAGAAACGUUAUUUAAUUUUUUAUAUCGGUAUUUCACGAGACAUAGUUGAUGCUUUAGCUAACAAUAGCGGACUGAAAGGUUUUCCUCCGAUAGCAGUCAGGUUGAUACAAAUGAUAUAUCUAUAUACAUAUGUAUAUUUUAUUCUUUUCCGUUGAUUUUUUCCCCUUUUUAAAGAGAUCACGUGAGAUCGAUGUAACAUACGAUACAUUGUGAGAAGUCUGGCAGGAUUUAAGAUUUUAUUCACUCAAUCCAUUUUUUAUAGAUGCACCCAUUCAUUGAAUCACCAUUCGUACGUGAACCACGCAGUAUUUAACGCUUAUACAAGAUAAUCUAUACUUUUCUGGGGCGACUCUCAGUCAUUCAAUGGUGUGUCUCGCGAAUACGCUUCGACCGUAUUUAUAUUGACGCUUUUAUAGCCCUAAUAAAUCUCGCGAGAGGAAAGUCUAUAUUUGCAUUUAAGUUUGCGGAAUACUCCUUUUUGUCAAAUUGAUUUCACUGAUAAUGACGUGCGUCUUUAUUGUUAUCGAUUGUGUAUCAAAAGUCCGUCCCCGAACGUCGAAAGGAAAUCAAUGAACAGAUUCAUCACAUAAGUUGUUCCCCUUAUCUUAAGGCUAUAAUAUCCUUAUAAAUGCAUUUCUUAAUUAAAACCCUGUAUGUUGAAUAGUUUUUAAUGCGAUCGUUUUGUUUCUUUUUAUUUGUUUCCUUGUGGAAAGAAAUUAUCAUUGCUAGUGUAUCAUCUGUAGCGCGUUUGUUACUUUAAAGUAGAUCGAUACGCGCGUGUACUGGAUUUUGGAAAAAAAAAAAGAAAAACUUGCGCCGCGAGAUACACUCGUCCGCACAACGGUCUGCAUCGGUUUUUUUCCUAUGAAGUCACGGACGAGCUUGCUUGGCAAUGGCAAUGACAGAAGUCGAAUGACAGUAUACGGUGUAAAUAAUGGCCCUUUAUUAUACUCUUAUCUGAUCGGUAAAAAUAUAAUAAAAAUACUUAAAUGUUUCCUGAAUCUUCCGUUGCAGUUGUCGUCGGGUGUCUCGUAUACUAUCACUUCCGCUCCUGUCAUAACUGAUUGACACCACGUGAACUCAUGACCCAAGUAGGAAUUUGCUAUUAGCGAGGUACUGGCUCAAUAUCGAUUUAUGGUCACCCAUAAUACUGGAUAUCAGUAGAGAGAGGCCGGGUCUGGUUGUCACACUUGUUACACACUAAUUAAAAGAGAAAGUUGUAUGCGAUAUUUCAUGAUAUUAUGUACGUUAUAAUGUAGCCAUAUCCUUUAGAUAAGAAGAAAAGAAAAGAAAUAUUAAUCUUAUCUUAUAAUUAUUAAUCUAUAUAUUUAUGCACAAAUAAGUUAUUUAAUUGUAAACAAGGUCGCGCAAAUAUGACAUCUCAAUUGAUCCUAUACCCAGGAUCAAUUGUCACAUGUUUUUUAUGUAGAGAAAACAAGACAAAUAGUUUGUUUAAACGUGGUCUUUUAAUAUUUUAGUAAAAUUAGUGAGAUAUUACAUAACGUUCGCUUUUUUUUUUUAUGCCAGCCCGUGCCAGUGUCUUGUACUGGUAGACUAUAUGCGACUUCAACAUGGGGAACAGCUCGCGAUCGUGACUAUUUGACGCGCUCCAAACUUCAUCGGAAAAAGCAUUUGUGAGCCGUGCAAACGAGUGUGCAAUCGCGAGAAUAGCUUCCACGAAGUUCGACGAGCUGUAAUUGAUUAACGAAAUCGCCUUCAACAACGUAGAGGCCUGUUCGUGUCUGGGAAAUAUUGGGUCAGUCAAAAAGUUCGGCUUGACUUUCCACCUUCUUUGACGGAAUCGAUUUUGACGAAUCGACAAUCCACCUAUUAUCUUCUACGACCUAUUUUAUCUUCUAGAGGCAUGCAAAUGCCACCAGAACUUUGGUGAUAAAUCAUAAACAACGAUUGCUCUGUCGAUGAAUCAUUCGUUUCCGUUUGGGCGCAACAGGGUGAAAAUUUUGACUGGAAAAUCCUUUCGACUGACCCGGUAGAACCGCGCGGAUGAUUUCGCGAACCACUUUCUUUCUGUCCAAUUUCAUGCGAGACUGCUUUGGUUUGUGGUAUGCACCAAAUUUGACACAUUCGUUUCCAAUGUGAUAUCAAGGAUACCACUCUCUUAAUUGGCAUCUAACACUGACCAUGCUUAUAAAAAAAGAAAAAAGAAAAGAAGACAGAAACGAAAAACAAUGUUCGAAAUAAACGAGACCACACCACGACGACGGAACGUUCUCGCAGUCUUAUUGUAUCACUCUCACCGCGGAGAGAAGUCGCACAUCUUUUAUACUUUUAUAUUCACGCCGCAGAAUAUAUCAGGUAAAAGGAAAAAAUGAAAAAAAGAAAGGUUUCAAACGCGACAACACUUUUACGUGGAAUAUGUUCACUCGUGUUCGUACAUACGAACGGAGGGCCUCUGUUUGCGAAACGCGACACCAUCGUCACAAUGCACACUCCUCGCAGACACGACGCGUGACAAUAAAUAAUAACAUAGUUGUUAAGCUCGAGCUCGGCAGAUCACCUUUGCUGUUUUUUGUAAUCGCGUUACAAUUACGUCUCGCUACUUAAGUAAGGCCGUUCAUCCGAUCAGCGUGCGCUGCUGGGAGCUCAAAUUGACGGGUGUUUCGGUUUCCGUUUUCAUUAACGCGCGAGCGCGCCUUUUUUACACGACGAUAUUUUUACAACGAAUACACAACUCGUUCGUUAAGUAUGGAUCAGUCGUCGUUUCGUCACUCUUAAUCACAGCUACAUCGUCUUCCCUUCGUAACGAACUCUUCGCGAUCCGAUUCAUUGCACUUGUACUUGAAACGCACUUAAACUCUUCUCAACGGCACAGCGCGAUCGUUUUUUGAGGUAUAAACCUAGAUAGAUAGAUAGAUAGAUAGAGAGAGAGAUAGAGAGAGAGAGAGAGAGAGAGAGAGAGAGAGUAUACUUUGGUGGUUUAGUUAUGAUCCGUACUUACACAUGUUAUCAUCCCGUACGUAAACACGCCUCCUCCCUCCGCAUCGCUGUCGACAAAAAAAAAUACGGAUGCUUCGAGGGAAAAUUAAUUAAUUAAACGCGCCCGCUAAUUUGUAAAUACGACCACCUUGUAUCAUUAUCACUCCGAUUCUCCACGUGCAUCGUGAAAAUGUGCGAAAGAGAGAGAGAGAGAGAGAGAGAGAGAGAAAGAAAGAGACGAAAAGUCGAUCGACGAAUAGUCGAUGUCGAAUAUCAGUCGAUAUUUUCGUCAUUUUUGACCUUGUAACAAAUAUUGCUUUUAUUUCAAUUGGACAAUUAAAAACAUUUCUAUAAGUUUCCAAGUCGUAAAGAAGCUGAAAAAAGUCCUAAUCAGUUGUAACAGUAGGUAAAAGAAUAUAGAUAAGAUAGAUAAAAAUCAUAAUAUAGGUAAUCGUCGACGUCGUUGUUUUAAGUUGUUGUUAUGUUAAUUUCCGUUUCAUUUGUUCCUACGUUAUUUCAAAGAUUUGCCAACAUUAUGCUAUUACAGUAUUUUUUGAAAGAUGCAAGAUACAAGAGUACUCCGAAAAGAUGUAACAAUAUCUAUAAGCAUAAUCCCCGAGAUAUCGCCAGGACAGAUUCCUGUUAGACCACGGAGAUAAAGCAAAUGCUGAUCACGGUUAGGAAAAGGAUGGGGUGACCACUAUUCAGGAUAAAAUCUACGAAAGGAUUCAUUAUGAGAUGAAAAGAUGUAAAAGAUAAAGUGGCAAUUUUUUUUUAUUUAGACAAAAUAAUCUAACAUUAGUCUUUUUAUCUCGUUUAUAUCGACAUAAUUUUGUGGCAAAUAAUAUUUUGUAAUUAUAGUAAUUAAUAUCGAUGACUGGUCGAAAUUUAUGUCUAUAUUUAAGUUGAAUCGACUACAAAUCUCGACCAUCGAUAGACCAUUACGAUCGACGUCUAUUUGACUUUUCAUUUCUAGCUGGGAAGAGAGAGAGAGAGAGAGAGAGAGAGAGACAUUGCAUCCAAAAGAAUCGCGUCCCAAGUGCACUAUUAUUGUUCUAACACGCAGUUGGAUUAACGAUUCACCUAAUCGACCGAUGUAUUAUUAAUCAUGGUACAAUUUCUUAUACGCUUUCGACCACUAUCGGCACUACGCGAGCGAGCGAGCAUCGCCCCCGCGAGGAACCUGCUAAACUUAUAAACGGUGAAACUUAUUUUCCAUUAUUGUUGAUGCUCGGCAUCGAAUCUUAUCGGGGUGGACGGGACAUUUUUAUAUCUUACGCGUCGGCGCAGCGUGCGUCUCGCGAUAAAAGAGAAGGAGAAGGGAGAAAGGAAGGUGUCCUCGAUAAGUGUCCUAUCGAAGAGCGAUCGCACAGCAGCUGCUGCUAGCUACCUAGUUGUUAAGUGAUAUCGCUGUAGAAAGCAUGCUCUAGAAUGUAAGGAGAAUCGAUCGGUGGGAGCGGACGAGCCGACUCCCGCGCGUUGGGGCGAACCAUACCGAUUUUUAAUGUUAUAUAUUCACGUUAGGCCUAUGUACAUAUAUGUGUAAUGAGCUAACGAGUGAGAGUUAUAUAUAUAUAUAUAUAUUUACAUAUAUAUAUUUUCCCUUCCUCCUGUAUCUCGUGUCUCAAUCGUGCAUACAUGCCGUGUUUUAACGAUGAUAUCGUACCUGUAAAUAAAAAGCCAUCGGAGUGAAUUCUCCCUCUUUCCCUACAUUAACACACACACACACACACACACACACACACACACACACUGUGCGAAGCAAAAAAAAUACUGGAGUCCUGUAGUCCUGACAUUAAAUCUUUGUACAUAUUUAA